AUGGGACGAGGCAAUGGUACCCCAAUUUCAGAAUUUCUUCUUCUGGGACUUUCAGAUGAGCCAGCACUGCAGCCCCUCAUAUUUGGAAUUUUCCUCACCAUGUAUCUGACUACUGUGUUGGGAAAUCUGCUCAUCAUCAUGGCCGUCAGCUCAGACUCCCACCUCCACACGCCCAUGUACUUCUUCCUCUCCAACCUGUCCUUGGUAGACAUCUGUUUUACCUCCACCACCAUCCCAAAGAUGCUGGUGAACAUCUUGUCACAGAGCAAAGUCAUCACCUAUGCAGGCUGCAUCACCCAGAUGCAUUUUUUCAUACUUUUUCUUGGGUUGGAUGCCAUCCUCUUGACCGUGAUGGCUUAUGACCGCUUUAUAGCCAUCUGCCACCCCCUGCACUACAUGGUCAUCAUGAACCCCUGGCUCUGUGGACUCCUGGUUCUGGUGUCCUGGAUCAUGAGUGCCCUGAAUUCCCUCUUACAAAGCAUAAUGGUAUUGCAGCUGUCCUUCUGUACACACUUUGAGAUUGCCCACUAUUUUUGUGAAAUCCAACAGGUCUUCCAACUUGCAUGUUCUGACACCUUUCUUAAUAACAUGGUGAUUUAUUUUGCAGCUGUGCUACUAGGUGCUGGUCCCCUCGCUGGUAUCAUUUACUCUUACUCUAAAAUAAUGUCCUCAAUUUGUGGGAUCCCAUCAGCUCAGGGGCAGUAUAAGGCAUUUUCUACCUGUGCAUCUCACAUCUCAAUUGUCUCCUUAUUUUAUGGUACAGCCAUAGGAGUGUAUCUCAGCUCUGCUAUUUCCCACACCUCAAGUUCAAGUGCCACAGCCUCAGUGAUGUACACUGUGGUCACACCCAUGCUGAACCCUUUCGUGUACAGUCUCAGGAACAAAGACAUAAAGAGGGCCCUGAAAAGAUUCUAUGGGAUGGCAGGUACAAAAGGGACAAUCAUCCUGAGGUAG